AUGUACUGCAUUGAUCCCGACCCGAUAUUCUACGGUACUUCAAGAACAAUAGCCGCUUCUAUAUUCAUCUUCUUUUCGGCUUUUUCCAUAGCACUACAUGUGCUCUUCAUAGCUGCAGUUCGUAAAAUGGCAGGAUGGGAGUCGAAUUUUGCUUUUGCCCUAUUAAUGACCAUGUCAGCUUGUGCAAUUAUUCGUCUUUUCAACUAUAUUGUCUGCAAUUUGAUAGCUCUGGCCUAUGUGGAUUUCUGCACCAAUCAUCAUAUUUUCACGGCUCUUGGCUCCCUCGAUCUUUCCUCAUAUUUCUCAAUUAUCCUGAUUACGGUAUUGAUCACUACCCAUCGAGUCGUCUACACAAUAUUUGCCACCCGCGCUAAAACUCUUAUACAGCCGUGGUUUUUGAAGGGUAUUUUGGUGUUCAUCGCGUUAUGUUUUGCUUCUAUGGUAUAUGUAACAUAUCCGAACGAUGUCCAUUACCAUUUUGUGCCAAAUCUCCUUUCCUACGAUGACUUGGCCGAAAGCAAUUAUGAAAUCCUACGAUUGGCUAAAAGGGUAGCCAACUACACUUUGGGUGGAACGAAUAUAGUCGCAUAUUCAGUGAUAUUUGGUUACCUCUACUGUCGUCAUUCAUUAUCAUUUAGCACCAAUGAAUCACGCAUGACAUUGCAGGUAGCGCUGUUUGUAUGCAUUGAAUGUCUAUAUUUUAUCUAUUGGGAAUUUUUUGAAAAACGAGUUUUAACGAUUAGAUUGUAUUUAAGGCGAAUCCAAACACGCAUUCUUGAGCUGUUCGGGAUGGAACAGAAGGCUCGUACUGUGCUGGGAUCACGUUCUGUUAUUAUCUGCCGUACGGUCUAA